AUGGAAAACCCAUCCCUCGACCAUAACUAUGAUCCAACCACAGAGUAUGACUAUGAGGAUGUAGCACCAUGCCAGAAGGGAGAUAUAAGAGCCUUUGGAGCCCAAUUUUUGCCCCCUUUGUAUUCCCUGGUAUUUAUUAUUGGACUGAUCGGCAACAUCCUGGUGAUGCUGGUCCUUAUCCUGUACAAGAGACUCAAAAGCCUGACCAGCAUCUACCUCCUCAACCUGGCCAUUUCUGACCUGCUCUUCCUCUUCACUCUGCCCUUCUGGAUUGAUUACAAACUAAAGGAUAACUGGAUUUUCGGUGAUACCAUGUGUAAAUUCCUCUCAGGGAUUUAUUACGUAGGAUUGUACAGUGAGAUCUUUUUUAUCAUCCUGCUGACAAUCGACAGGUACUUAGCCAUUGUCCACGCUGUGUUUUCCCUGCGGGCCCGGACUAUCACCUUUGGUAUCAUCACCAGCAACAUCACCUGGUUUGUAGCCAUCUCAGCUUCCAUUCCAGGUUUUUACUUUUCCAAGAGCCAGUGGGAGUAUGAUCGUUUCACCUGCAGCCUCCAUUACCCUUUUGAAAGUCAACGAGAAUGGAAACAGUUCCAGGCUCUGAAACUGAAUAUCUUGGGGUUGGUGUUGCCUCUGUUGGUCAUGAUUAUUUGCUACACUGGGAUUAUCAAGAUUCUGCUCAAACGGCCCAAUGAGAAGAAAGCCAAAGCUGUCCGUCUGAUUUUUGCCAUCAUGCUUAUCUUCUUUCUCUUUUGGACACCCUACAAUCUGACUGUACUUGUUUUUGCUUUCCAAGACUCCCUUUUCACCCAUGAGUGUGAGCAGAGCAAACAGCUGGACCUGGCGAUGCAAGUGACAGAGGUGAUCGCCUAUACCCACAGCUGUGUCAACCCUGUCAUCUAUGCUUUUGUUGGUGAGAAAUUCCAGAAGUACCUACGCCAGUUAUUCUACAAGCAUGUGGCCGUGCAUCUGACCAAAUGGUUCCCCUUUCUCUCCAUCAACAGACCGGAAAGGACCAGCUCCACAACCCCUUCCACGGCAGAGCAUGAACUCUCUGCUGGACUCUGACUAACGACCCCUCCCCCCCAAGAUUGAACCAGGACCCAACCAGGGUGAUCUCUCAGAGAUGCUGGCAGGAGAGGAGGCAGUAUGGCCCUCCAAACCAGAUGUGAUACUAUGCAAUAUGGAAUUUUAGCAAUUUGGGAUGGAAGGAAUUUAAAGGUGGUUUGGAUUAAAUCUCUGGUCUUGAGUCUUCUCCACAAAUUAGUCUCUGGUGAAAAAAGAAGAUAAAUGACUGAAAUGGGACUUUCCAAUAGACUGAGACAAAACAGUACCAGUGAGGGGCUGGGGCCCACAUAGGAUUUCAGAUUUGUCCAUAUUAAUGCUUACAAACAAAGCCACGGUAACAUCUCCCCAUUUCUACACUCCAACCCCCAACACCAAGGAAAUUAUGGGUAGUGAUUUCCAUUGGGGGCCUGGAGCCAAUCAGGUCCCACACAGCCUCCACACAGCCACUCUCCCACACCCCCUUGGCAGGGUUUAGGUUCUUGGAAAUCUUGAGAAACAGAGAACUCCUGAUAGAAGCACUUGUGACCCAGUGGGAAGUAUGACUGGGGGACUGC